CUGACCCACGUGAGCCAGCCGCCUCUCCCCCGUGUUUUGCUAGCUCCGGUUGGACUAAAUCUCAUUUAAAAACCGCUUAAAUGUGGAGUUUUGUCACUGUAACGUGUUAACAGCUGGGAUAUUUUUUUAGUUUGAUGUUUAAUGACUGUUACUGAGCUACAAUGUCCGGCAGCUGUAGAUCCCUCUUGUUUUUCUUACAUCGCUGUGUCGCAGCAAGACAUGCGACGGUAUCCACCGGCGCUUUGCCAGCGAUCGCAGCCCGGAGAAGCGUGUCGACGGCCGGGUGUGGGUUUGUUCAGCUCCGGCAGCAGCGGCAAUGGGUCUCCAGAGGGCCGGCCUGCCUGCAGAGCCUCUGCCGGCUCCAGGCGCUGAGGGUCGGCCAGCACAGCCUGUGUACCAAGGCAGGGACCCCUGAUGAAGAUGAGUACCCACCGCUGCCAGCCUACAACCCAGACUCCGAACCAGAGAAGGAGGUGUACAUCGUCCAGGUCAGAGGCCUGCCGUGGUCGUGCAAGGCCGAGGACCUCCUGCAGUUCUUCUCUGAGUGCAGGAUCCGAGACGGGGUGAAGGGCGUCCAUCUCACCCUCAACAGGAUGGGGAAGCCGUCGGGGCUGGCCUUCAUCGAGAUGGAGCACGAGGAGGACGUCAGCAAAGCGCUGGAGAAGCACAUGCAGUACCUCGGCCCGCGCUAUGUGGAAGUAUAUGAAAUAACAAACAGCGAUGCCGAGGCGAUUCUGAAGAAAUCCAUCCAGGUUCCAGCGGCCGGCGGUGUUGUCCGGCUCAGAGGCCUUCCCUUCAGCUGCACAGAGGCCGACAUCGUCCACUUUUUUCAAGGUUUGGACAUAGUGGAGGACGGAGUCACCAUCGUGCUGGAUCGCAGAGGGAGGAACUCGGGCGAGGCUUAUGUGCGGUUUUCCUCCCAGGAGGAGGCAGACAAGGCUCUGCAGAGAGACAGGGAGGUCAUGGGCAACAGAUACAUCGAGGUGUUUCCCAGCAGAGGCAAUGAGAUCCAUUCGAGUUGGAGGAGGACGGAGACGAGCUCUCCUGCAGCCGGUCCGCUCUCCACCCCGAGGAGGAGUGUGUCUGCCCCGCACACCAGAGCCGGGUCCCAUCAGAGCCCCGUCCCGCCUCUGCACCAGGUUCACAUGCGGGGCCUCCCCUUCCAAGCAACCGCAGAGGACAUCGUCCAGUUCUUCUCUCCUUUAGCCAUAUCUAAAAUUCUUAUUGAGUACGGGCCUGACGGGCGGGCCAGCGGGGAAGCCGAUGUUUUCUUCACCAACCACCAGAACGCAGCGGACGCCAUGUCCAAAGACAAGCUUCUCAUGGGAGAGAGGUACAUCGAGUUGUUCCUGAACUCUGCGCCCGACACCAACGAAAGGUGAACGCACAGGCAGACCCUCACCAUGUGGACCGGAGUGCUGUAUUUAUUUUCUGAUUUAUUUUCGUGACAAGAACCGGAUAUCAAACAAUAAACAUUCCUGGUGUCAAAAAAAAGCCUGAGCUGUCUCCGUUAAGAGUUU